AUGGUUCAGGCAGAGGAAAUGGCUGCUGAGAUGGCUAGGAAGCUAGAGAAGCAGGAGAAGAAAUGCUUGAAGGAGAAGAAACGGCUGGCUGCCCUCACCCUUGUGUCUCCAGAAAACAGCAAUAGUACCCCGGAGGAGUGUGAGGAGACAAGCGAAAGACCCAAAAAGAAGAAAAAGCAAAAGGCCCAGGAGACUCCACAGGAGAAUGGAAUGGAAGACCCAUCUCUCUCUGCCUCCAAACCCAAGAAAAAGAAAUCUCUUUCCAAGGAGGAGCUGGUUAGUACCGAUCUUGAAGAGACAGCUGGCAGUGUAAGUCUUCCCAAGAGGAAGAAAUCUUUCCCCAAAGAAGAACCAGUUAGUGACGCUGAAGAGGCUGGAAAUAGGAGCAUCCUCAACAAGAGGAGGAAAUUCUCUUCCUAG